UGUGAUCAGGUAUAAAUGCGGCAGAACGGCUGCGUUUAGUUAGCUAGUGUUGACUUAUGCUUCCUACUCUGCUGAAAAUGACCAUCAAAAACCUUCAGAUUGAAUAUGACGCCAUCAACAGCCGAAACACUUUUACAAAUGGAGAUACGAUAAAUGGAAGGAUCAUCCUGGAGGUCUCCAAAGAAACAAACGUUCGGUCACUUCUUUUCAUUGCUAAAGGGAAAGCAAGGGUUUGCUGGAGUGAGCAUUACGGCAAUAACCAAACUCAUGUUUACUGGUCCAAUGAGAAAUACUAUAGCGUGAAGCAUCAUAUGAUAAGGGAAUCAAGACAAGAUGACAAUGAAGUCAUUGGGAAAGGAAGGCAUGUUUUUCCUUUCAGCUUUCAGAUACCCGAUAGGAAAAUGCCAUCCUCUUUUCAUUCAACUGUGGGCAGAAUUGUUCAUAAGUUGAAGGUAGAGCUCAAACAGUCAAUGAAGCUGACAAAAAAAGCUAAAACCCACUUCAUGUUUGUGUCCAAAGCAGACAUGGAUACACCAGGACUCAUGGUUCCUCAACAUGAAAGCAAGGAUAAAACCCUUGCCUUUAGCUCCGGUAAUGUUUCGAUGGAUGUCUAUACAAAGAAGAUGGGAUACAAACUUGGUGAAACCUUAUAUGUCACCAUCAAAAUCAAUAAUGCCUCAAGUCGUACAGUCAAACCUAAAUUUGAACUGUAUGAGAAGAAGAGCUUCUUCGCUCAGGGCCAUAGGAAAGUUGAAACACACACUAUCCUAAAGGAGAAGGCCGACGCUGUUGAAGCGCACUCUGGCAAAGCAACGGUGACAAAGAUGAUCACCAUCCCCAGAGAGCUUCCUUUGUCUAUUCUGAACUGCUCCAUUCUAAAACUGGAGUACAGGAUAAAGGUGUACCUUGAUAUCAAAUGUGCUACAGACCCAAAGGUAAAGCUCCCCAUUGUCAUUCUGCCUGAAGAUAGCAGCAGGGAGCCAGAUGAAGGACAACCACUUCCUCCUGGUGGGGUUGGGUUUGAAGCAUUUGGAAACCCAAACCCGCAAAGCUGGGGCACCACAUCACAAGUGAUGAGUCCUCCCCCUCCCUAUGAAGCAUCUACCAUGUACCCCUCCUUCCCCUCAGAUUCUAGGACUGCAUUAUGACUACUAUGUGUUAUUGGUCUAAUGCCAUAUUUUAGCCUGACAUGACCCCACUACUGUUGUACCUGCCUUAUGCACCUUUCACUUUGUGAUCAGACAUUGUGCUUAUCUGCCGUAACAUUUAACUAACUGCUUUCCGCCAUCAACCAUCUAGUUUUUGUUACUCCGCAUCCCAAAUGAGAUGAAAUAUGUUUCUUUUGCAGUUUUUGUUAUUUUUUCCAUACAGCUUCUAUUGAGCUGUAACCACACUAUUAUUUUUAAAGUUUUACUUGCUGUUGACAAUAUUUAAUGGCUUUCUAUGCAUGUUUAACACAAUAUGUUACAAGAAUAAUCUACGAGAAACACAACUGUAGAGCAAUUAUUGCAGCAAUUCUAAGCACAGACAAAGUAAUCUCAGUGUAAACUUUAUAACUGCAUUUAGCCGAUAUCAGUAAAAUGAAAAAUAGGCUUAAAAACCACAUCCAACAGAAGAGUUGAAGAUCAGCCAUGUUCAUGAACACAAACAUGAACACGUGAUACAAAAGAGCACUCUGAUUGGUUAAAGCAUCGAAGACGUUAACCCUUUCUGUUGUGAGAAUGUGUGCUGCUCCCAAAUGCGUCUCAGCAGGUUAGGGCAAUCUGGAUUGACCAGAAGCACACAUCCUGAACUCAAAAUAUGUGAACAACACAUUUGUUGGUGUGCAACUGAACGGAAGAUAGCAGAAUCUGUUACCAAAGGAGCACUUCACAUGCAAGUCUAUCAGACUCAUGGGGAAAAGGACCUAGGAUAAAAAAGGCUUUCUGUAAACUUAUGUCUAUAUUGGAGUCUGCUGAAGAUUAGAUCUGACUUUAUUUUGUUUAACCUAUGUAGCUGAAAGAAAAUUACUUUUUUUAGUUAAGUUGAUGAAAUGUAUAAAUAUUAGUUAAAAUACUGUCAAUUUUGCUUACUAAAACACUGGUCUAAAAGCAUUAAGAAUCACUAAGAAAGGCUUGAUGUUCUUGAAGUUCGCAUGCAAAAGAAACUGAUAGUUCAAACUAGGAUGUAUUUGCUUACUUUUAUUUUUGUUAUAGUUUACUUGGGAGAUUUUCUCUUUCCUGUCUUCCUUUUUGCUGGUUUAAAUAAAAAAGAGGAGCAAGUGAAAUCUUGAGUCUAGUCUAGUCAAGUUUGUCAAGUGUGGGAUCUCUUUAUGCAAAGCAUGUGCUGCAUUUUCAUGGUCCUCAAAACUAUAAAAAAUGGUAAAUAUUCCUAUUAAAUGCAUCUAGAAUUUUUAAAUAAA